AGUUGCUAACAGCGAACAUUAUGCAUGACUGCAUAUUUAAACUGCUUCGUGCUGGUGACGAAGAAAGUUUGGAAAGCAUGUGCAAGUUGCUGUUCACCAUUGGCAAAGAUCUUGAUUCCGAUAGAGCAAAGGUAAUUUACUUCUUUAUGGUUGCAAUUGUCUUUAUCGUGCAUAAUUGAUAACCAUUUUAUAAACUUCAUUUUGCUCUGGUGUUUAUUGUGUUAUGCAUUUUGUAGAUUAAGCUCAAAGCCCGAAAUAUGCAUGUGUUCAAAUCGGCUUUGUUUUGCUUAGACAUGCAUAGACAAAAAUUGAGAUAUUUUGUAGGAUAUAAAUUUAAAAUUACAAAUAAUACAUGAAUGGAAAGCUUACCGAAAGGUUAACAAUUACGUAAUAAUUUUAUUCAAAAACUAUCCCGUAAACUGUAGAAAUUAGUCAAUAUCAAUUAACACAAUUCAAAAAAUACUUACUGAAAUUAAAGCGCGCGAAAAGUGGCCUGAGGUUGUGAAUCUAUCUUGGGAAACGUCCGCUAUUUUGGUAACCUGCGCCGCAGACUCUAUAAUGACGUACAGAGUCUGCGGCGCAGGUUACUAUUUUGGGGGACCAUUCGUGUACCAGUGUAGCGAGCGAAAACAUGUCUGACAGAUAUAGUUUAGUUUCUUCCUGUUAUAGCCGUGAAGCAGUUUGGGAUAGGCCAUAUAUGACCGUUUUUUUAAGGAAAACAGUUUCGAUAAAAUUAUUAGCUAGAACUAUCCAGUAUAUGGAUAAAACAAGACUCUCUAUAUUAGGCGUUAACAUGUGGGACAAUGUGCACAAUAUUUUAUAUUGAUUCCUGCAUGAGAUGGCGACCUUUAUGCUGUGAAUGAGUAAUAUGUACUAAUUUCAACCAACUGCAACGCUGUCCAUAUUUUUAUAUUCACGCGCGAACUACUGCAACAACAAUAUGCAUGCAAAUACAAAUUUAAAGCGACUGAUUCGCUCGGUGAUAAUGGCACAGGUGCCCCAGCAACUAAUUAGUUUAUUUAGUUCAUGUAGUAACAGUAUAGAGCUGAGCAGUAAUGAAUAUAACCGUCACUCUGAUACAUCCAAUGCCCAUGCAUGAGGAGGACAGUUUGGACAGAAGUAACAGCUAUGGCGUAAUUAAUAAAAUUAGAGGGAAAUGGCAAUAUAUUUUUUAUUUUCUCAUUUGAAAGAACUUUAAGACUAUACAUAAUACUCUUUUACCGUUUUUCAUAUCUUGCUUACUUCUACAAAUAUUUUGAUCGAAAGGAAUGAAAUGUCCACCAUCUUCAAUUUUGUAGAUAUGCAUAUCACGUUACAACAGGGGUCAUGCAAUAUUUUUAUCUAGACAACCACUAAUCAUUUUGCACUUAAAACUACACUCUGUCUGCCCUCGAAAUAUCAAGAUCACUCGAAACCUUUAAAACAUCUACCAAUCUGUAUUUAGUCUGCAACGAAUACUUUUAUAUGGUUCACCCUGUUGUGACGUCACAAAAACUGCCAUUAAUGAGAUAAAAAAAUUAUCCAAGAUGGCGACAUCUCAUUACUUCAAGUGAAAAUAUUUCAAGAACUAAGAGAGAUAUGAAAAUCGGUAAAAGAAGUUAAUAUAUAGUUUCAAACGUUCUUUUUAAUGAGAAAAUAAAAAUUUAUAUUGCCAUUUCCCUUUAAACAAAAUGUUCCUUUGGAUGGAGUUCAACAAAAUACUAGUGUAUAAUGUAGCUGACUAUAGCUAUUUACAGUGCAAUUAUUUUAACAAUAUAAUCGACGCUCAUUUCAGCCUCGAAUUGAGCAAUACUUCGAUCAGAUCAACAGGAUUAUAGCUGCUAAGAAAGUCUCAUCAAGAGUGAUAUUCAUGCUUCGUGAUGUGAUCGAGCUUCGUCAAAAUAAGUGGGUCCCUCGCCGGGAAGAACAAUACAACCCACCAAUCACGGAAAUGAAAAAAAUGCGGGAGCAAAGAUUAACAACCCAGCAGCAAGUCAAGAAUAAUAAACAGAAGAAAGGCGGACCAGGUAUACAUAUAAUAAGUGAAAACCUAAGUAAUGACCUAAGUAAAAAAAAUGAGUGACUGCACGGCAUAAAGAUUGAUGUGCUUUUCAAAACAAUAAACAUUCCGAUAUAGUACUAAAUCGUCGAUGGCACCGUUAUAGUAUAGGGAGGUUCAGAUUUGACUUCCACUAUACCGCUACCAUUUUAAGGAGCCAUUAACCAGUUUGUUGAAGUUUCCUGGAUUAAAUAAUAGCCUGUUGACGUUCUCUGGAUUAAAUAAUUAGGAAUUAUCGAAUGAGGUUGAUUGAGAUAUGAAAAGAUACGUUAAGAUGUUUCAAAACUUUUCCUGGCUGUUUUUGUUGAUAUUUCUUCUUUAUAUUUUAAUAUUUGCUUCUACUUUUGUAUUUACACAGUAUGACGUCAUAACGUUGAUAUGAUUUUUCAUAUCAUCGUUAUGACGUCACUCAGUUGUGAUAUGACAAUUUCACAGUUGGUUGUUAGCCAUUCAAAAACCUUGAUUUCUCUAAAAUAUAGAAUUACUUUUAUUGAGCUUUUGCCUCGGUUCUUCGGGCCUUCUUAAGAAUAUAUAUAUGUUAUUUACCGGAUUGGAGGUCCGUAUUGAGAAAUAUUUAUCGAGUCUUAAAAACGGCGAAGGCCGAGGGACGUUUUUAAGACCGAGAGAAAUAUUUUUCUAUACGGACCGACCAUACCGGUAAAUAACAUUUUUGUUUUUUUUUUAAUCUCCCCCCCCCCCCUCAUAAAUUCAUAUUCCCCCAAGUAAAACGUCGUUUCUAUCAAUGCUAGGAAGAGUAAAAUCUUCUGUGGUAUAGUAAAAUUCACUUUCACUGUGUUCUUUAUCGUCUGCAGACAUGUUAAUGUUCUAAAAAGUAGCCUCUAAAGUCGUCUUUGAAUUUUUUAAAAUAAUCGCGUGGGCAAUCAGAUUACAGAAAAGCGUAAAAUAUGAUUUCGGACCGCAAGAAAAAACUGAAUAAAUCCUUUUUUUUUCCUCAGGAGGACAAGACAGUUCCAAGCCAAUAUCAAAUGACGAUGUUAUUACCAAUAGCAAGGGUGAAAAGUCGGUGCCUACCGAACAACAGCUACGCAACAAGGUAAUUUCACGUCAUUAUGUGAAAAAAAACGUAAAUCGACUAAUAGUCUUAUAUGCAACCUAUGUGUAGACACUUUUUAAACCAGUAGAUAUCGGUAAUGUAACCCAACACGAGCGCUCAUGAAAUUUAUUUUUGGUCCAACUAAUAAGAAACUAUGAAAGAUGCAUUUGUGCUGCACCAAAAAUGGCUAGUCGACCGAAAUGGUUGGUUGAAUAUCGACCAAAUAUUUGAUAUCACAUCGUUGACAUAAUUUUAAUUGCAUAGACAUUCUACCAUGUAUAUAGACGUCUGUUCCACCAUUUUCAGGUGUGUCCUUCUUGAUAUAAAAUGUAUGCCUGUCCCAUGACUUGCCCGAUAUCAGACAAAGUAACAUACAACCAUAACUGGUUAAUUAAACACAUCCGGCCAGAUUUUUUUCUUAAGUUCUGUAUUGGUUCUAAUACCCCCUACAUAUUAAAGAGCAUCUUAUUUGAUUUUGAAUAAAUAUAAUGUUUUCGUUGUCGAAAAUAAUCCAAAUGGUGCAUGUCAAUUAAUGCUACCGUACGUGGCCCACUAGUAUAUUACUAAUUGUCUAAACUCUAAAGCCAGAUUACAUGUCAAGGGGAGGAGUUGGACCUUCAUUUUUACAAAAUUGUGUUUAUAGCCUUCAUACCCGGUCCAAACCGUCAUGAUGCCAGGGCAACGUCAAGGUGCUUACCUAGCAGGUCAUCCAAUGUCAGUGGCACCACGUUCAAUGCGGCCAGCCAGGGCAAUCUACUCAUCAUCACCUCAAGGACAUUCGCCAAUGCAAGGAUAUAUUCAACAGCAGAAUUUCCAGUAUCAAGUUGUGGGGCAGGUAAGUUUGGGUGGGGGUGGGGGGGGGGGGCCGAUCUCUAACAUCACCUUUAUUAGAUUGUGGUAAAAAUGGACAGUGAAUUGUACUGUAUUGUAUCAUCUGUUCAGGUCUUGCAGUCAAGUGGGUUUAGAUAAUUUAUGUUUGCGUUUGUACGAUAAACGCCGGCCGAAGAAAAAAUUCACACUAUAGUAUAAGGCAAGCAAGAGUAAAUCGACUUGUUGUUUUAAAACUGCAAUAAUGCAUAAUUAUUAUUUUGACAUAAGAAAGAAAAUAUGAAGCGAAAAAGCUAUAAACGAAAAUUGUGCCCGGAAACGUGAACUCCGUAAAUAAUACCUUGUGACUACUCACCCUCCGGCUAUUCAAAAACAGCAUUGACACUCAAGAGAAACUCAGAUUGAACCUCAUUGGGUGUGAGUGAGCUUUUAGAAUACGGGCGAUAAAAGACAAGGUUUCUCCAGAUCGAGCAGCUUGCACUUAAAACAUUGCGUUCUCCUUUGGGAUCUUUAUGUCCAACCAGUAAUGCGACACGGGUACAAUCGAAAUAUUCAGCAAGCUUACAAAAUGAAAACACAUCCUCACAACAAAUUUGAUAUUUUCUUUAUCAGGAAUAUAUAGACAAAAGCACAAAUAUUCCCAUGAGUGAUAGAUUACAAGAAACUAGCUUGGGCAUUAGUUAAAAAUUAAAAGUUGAUAACCAGGUGCAUGAAGGUCUAUCAAUUGGUCUGAGAAAUGUUUGAUGCUUUUGUCUACCACAUUUUGUGCAGGGCUACUUGUGUAAGGUAACUAACAGUUGCGUUUUUCUUUAGGAUCCUUAUGGCCAACCAGUGAUGAGACCUACAUUCAUUCCUAAUGUCCAGCCAGCAUACCAAAUGCAAGCGACCAGGGCACCAUUUCAACCACAAUAUCACCCACAGCAACAUCAGUAUUAUAACCAAGGAAUGCCCACAAUUCAAACGAUUAACCUAACCAAACCUAAACCAAAACGAGUUAGCAAAAUUAUAAUUCGAGACGCAGACAAUAAAGAUAUCACAGAGCAAAUUCUUUCCCACACUAUUACAGCGACCGGUCGUUCUGAAAGCACCCCUCCGUUGACAAAUUCAACUGCUCAGACAGAGUUCUCGACCAUCCAGGCACAGUUCGCUGCUCAGGUUGCGGCCCGUGUUGGAGGUGAAAAAGGCAAACAGGAUAACGAGAUGAAAGCGGGUGAAACAGACAAGGAUAAGGAACUUCAAGCAAGAACAGACCAUGAAAUGAAAACAGAAAUAAAUAAACCAGGAAAUGGAUCAAUAGCUACCGACGAAAUCCAUGCCAAAGAUGUGCCUCCAAACAAUAUGGAAACUCUGCAUAAAGUAAACAGUUCAGCAGUUGAAAACAGGACAGAGAGCCCAAAGAAUACUACCGAUAAUACACACUUAAAUCAGGGCUCACCAACGUUGCAAGAGAUGACGGAGAAAUUGAGAAAAACCAUAGAAGUUCAGAAGGAACCUCAGAACGAGCCGAAAGUUUUGCUUUUACGGCCCGAUAGAGAAGCGACGGUAGAAAAUGGGGCACGGGGGAUGAGUAAAUACGAAGAGGUUAACGAAACGAACGCGGAAGACAUGAAAGAUGCGUGGGAUGAUUGGUAAUCACGAACGGUGCUAAUGUAGGUAGACACAAUAACAGGCAUGUAUACAACUACCUGAAAAAUACAAGCACAACUUCGACAUUUCGGGCGAAGGCCCUUUGUCGGGAAGUUAGUAACCAACUUCCUAACUAUCUUUCCGAAAAAGGACUUCGUUCGAAACGUCAAACUUCUGCUUAUAUUUUUAGGUAAUUGUAUUUCCUCCGCACCGCAGCUGUCCACACAUUUCGUAAUCAUACAGUUACGAUCAUGAUCAUAAUCGACAGUUAUGAUCAUGAUUCGUGCGGAUCAGCGUGACCACUAUUUGGUAAAAUAUACUACUUCUGAUUAAAUUUCGUCAAUUUUGGAAAAAAAAUAGUUAUGAGUUUAUUUUAGUAUUUUUUUUUAAAGAUUUGUUUGUGAAAAUUCGUAUUUGAAUGAUAUCCUGUGUAAAAGAGAUGCUAAAAGCGGUUAAUGAAACUCUCUAGCCUGCAAAUCCCGCUAAUUUCAAACCGGGCUGGAGGCGAAUUUAAUUUGAUGAAAUUUUAUCUCGAUUAGUAAAUUUUUAACACGAAGUUUAGUAAUAACCCAAGAAAAAUCUGGUCACACUGGUGUGCAUGGUCACAGAAUAAAGAUCAGUGACAGAAGGGCCACUCAGCGGUGCAACGUGUCCUCGUUUUUUUAUGCAAAAAUAUGCAGUUUUAAUACUGGCAAGAAGGCGGAGCAGCCAGCCAGUACAGCGUGUUUAUUGGCCAGAAAAUGUCAUUGACUGGCUAGGAAAAUGGCGGCCAACAUGCGUAAAGGCCCACACAGACUGGACGCGAUUCGGCAACGGUUACAAAAUUUACAAGAUAUGCAGACAAAAUAGCUAAAAUUGCUUAAGUGGUGCCGAAUAUUUGAAAAACCUUGAAAAAUAUUGAAGUUAAAUGUCAUUGAAAAUUCGCGUCGCGUUGCCAAAUCGCGUCCGGUCUGUAUGGGCCUUAAUGCGACAUGCGCGAGGACAGAAACUUUAAAGCUUCCGACGUAAGUGGCCCUUCUGUUUAGAUCUUUAUUCUAUGGCAUGGUGAAAUGGUUUACGGAUCGUCACCUGGUUUGCAUUAGAUUUUAACUAGGCUACCUUAUAAAAUAAGAACUUUAUUUGACCAUUAUUAUUUAAAUAAGCUUAUAUAUACAUGUGCAAACUUUGUACACUUCGUGAACAACGUUACAAGUGUCUUCCCAAAAUCUCGUCCAGUAACCGUUCCAAUUUUUGAUUGGUUCCUUUCAAACCUGCUACGACUUUUCUUGACCAAUCAAAAUACUCCUGUACUCGUUGCUCGGUCCAGUUCACUGGAGUCGCUUUUUCCAGGUCUCGAAGAUUGUAAAGUUUAUCUGCCAGUUUCACUAACUUUGCUUUAGGGCUGAAACAAAAAAGACAAAUAAUUACUAAGCUAACUUUAUUGAUACUGAAAACCUAGGGCCAGCCGACAAUUUUAGAAAGUAUAAAAAGAUACAUAUUCCGAAGAAUAGUGACUAAUGCCAUCUUGAAAUUGAGGAUUUCAAUUGAAGCUAGACGAGAUUUUGAAACUGUAUUUACAAUUAGUUAUAGAUAAAUAAGUUAUUUGAUUAUUUUACGUGAAUAUAUAUAUUUACAAAAUCAUAGAUUAGAAAAAAGGUAUCAAUGAAAUUAAGCAUUGGAAUUAUCUAUAUAAAAUUAUGAAAGUGAAUCACUCUUAUACGUUUGAUCCCAACGCCUUUGUUCUAUUCUAUGCUUUCCCAAACUAGAACAAUAGUAUCUAGGCAUGUGAG